AUGUUCAGCCCAUUCACGUCGCUGUCCGGUGCAGCACACGACAGCACGAAUGCCGGCGUUCGGCUGGCAGCUAUCGAGCAGAAUCCUGCCGUCGCAUCACUUCUGUAUGCUGCCGCCCAGCCCGCAUUCCCCAGCAUCCGUGCAAGGCGACCGUCAGUGCGCAUUCACAUUAUCGGCUACAGAGCGUGGUCGUACCAAAUGUACGUCCGCUCUGUGCACGGAGGCCUCACAAUCGAGGAAGCUGCAAUCGCGCUCACCAACGACGACCUCGCGGGAAUGAUAUGCAUGCCUUGGGGACUGCACCUCGGCCCGACAGGCGUCGCCUUUGAACAGCUGUUCCUCGUCGCCGUGCAUCAGGUCUCGCGCGGCUCCAUUCAGCUGACCCUUGCCGUCGAGCUUUGA